ACCACCACCACACUGCCCACCACCACCACCACCACCACCACACUCCCCACCACCACCACACCACCACCAGCGUGCCGUCCACCCGUGUACCCGGCAUGGCCCAGCUGGAAAUACCGUCCAUAGUGGUGCACAACGGGACGAGCAGCGCCCCCACCAGCCCCAGCAUGGAGCGGGCGGUCCGGCCACUCCGCCCUCAUAGGUCACUCUCCAAACAGGUUUCUCUGUUAGAUGAUGACUGUGAUGAGGGUGUGGAUGAUGGUGGGGAUUUGCUGCCGGACACAUCACCAACACAUCCCCACCCUCACACUCCACCGCCCACUCCACCAGGAGCACGUGGAGUGUCUCCUCCAUCACCAUCAGCCAAUUUCACUCACCACCAAAGUGGCCCACCUCAUGGUCCAGGGCCUGGAGGAGGAGGAGGUGGGGGGAGUGGAGGUGGAGGGUUGAACAGCCAAGUGGGCCAUAGUGUGUUGGGUCAUGGUGGAUCAAAUCAUUCUGGGCCAAAUCACAGCAGCCAAGGACAUUUGGCACAGGGUCAGGGGCGUUCCAAAUCCUUGGAGUUACACCAGCAACGCUCAACAGACUCAGACAAAGACGCUCCACUAGUUACCUCGGCCAGACAUAGGCACCAUGGGGGAAAGGCAAAACUCUUGCAACGAAGUCAUGCUAUGCGAGAGGACACCUCUCCUCCACCAGAACUGCUGGAGCCUGUUCAACCUUCCUCACAUUGCAACGCUAACAGUGGUGGCAACACGCUCACAGUAUCGUCAGGUGGAGGCAACCGCAGAAGACUUAAACAUCAAGGGUCUUCACAAGGUUCUUUUGAUGGCUCCUCUCCUUGUCUCUCCAGAGAUUCAUCAAUGGAAUAUACAGACAGUAGUGGGGUAGAUCUGCAGCAAUUCAUAAUUCAAACUUUACACAAGAACCAAAAAGACCGAAUGAUGUUACUCAAGAUUGAACAUGAACUAGUCAGCCUUGUCAAGGAUACCAAACGAACCCACCACAAGUUUCCUCCAAUGUCGUCAUACCAACGAAUGCUUGUCCAUCGGUGUGCUGCAUUCUUUGGCCUGGAACAUAAUGUUGACCAAGCUGGUACUGCUGUUAUUGUUAAUAAGACCCGUAAUACCCGCCUUCCUGAAACCCGAUUCAGAGACCACUGCCGAGAUGAUCUUCUGGUACCAGAUGAGCCGAAGAGAUCAAUCCUUAAGAGAGACUCAUCAUCGUUUGAUGAUGGAUCGAAUUAUAAGUCCCUAGAUAGACAAUUCAGCUCAGAAUCAAGGAGGAGUAAGAGCUUCGAGGAACGGGAAGAGGAAUACGAAAAAGUAAGGAAGCGAAUAUUCAGUCAGGAGUCAUUAUCAUCUGCUGAUGGUUUGGGAGAUUCGCCGGUCAGAAGUCACGAUUCACGUAGAAAUUCACAAGAUGACUCUAGGUGGCAUGACACCCGAAACUGGACUUUUAUGGAAUCAGAGAUGUCUCAUCGAAAACACCACUAUGACAAUCAUAGAUUAAGACCUGGAAGAUUACCAAAAGUUGAAUCAUUUGAAAGCAGAGAUACUCUUCACCCAAGAUCAUUACGACCUCCAGUGUUUAAGUCACAUAGUUUUGGGGGUUACAGUGGAGGAGUAACAGUAUUAUCCCGAGGAGAAUCUGUCUCAAGUAAUCUCUCUUCGUCUAGAUUAAGUAAACAAGACUCAACCAGUAGUAGGAUAAGUGAUCAGAGCAUGAGUUCAGGAUAUAAAUCGCAAAGGCAAGACACGAGUUCUACCACUGUGUCUAACACACUAUCUACCACUCCUUCCCCAACCACUAGUCAACACCAACAGUCCUCCAGCAGCCAGGUGGGUAUGUGGGGAGGUGAAGGGGAGAGCCAGGCAGUAAUGUGGGCAGUCACAGACAUGGAAGCUGUACCUCCAGGAGCCAUGUUAAUCAACCCACAGAGUGGACAGCCUUAUAUGAAUUCUGAUGGGUCAGUAUAUCGUUUUGACCCAAACAAUCCACCUCAGCUCAGUCCUGGUGCUAAUGGUAAUAGUUCCAGUAGUGGGAACUCACGGGAAAAAGAAUCACCAACAAAUAAGGAUACAACCAGUCAACCAUCAGGCAGUUCAAGUGGAAGCAUAACAACAUGUAUACCUCAAAUUCCAGCUGUUUCUCCACCCCCUCCACAUGAAUUGCCUCCACCUGUCUCAACCAGUGUCCGGAGUCCACCUAGUAAACAGCACAGUCUACAGCAAGCUUCACCUGAGCCUGUACAAAGUGCAGUGAGCAGUGGUAUCUCAAACAGUGAAGCUAGAGAAACAGAAGGUAGCAGCAGAACUGGCAGUGGAGGAACCAGUGAAAGUGUUGUACAGCAAGCUUCCCAAGUUAUCUAUCCACAGUAUUACCAAUUAGAAUCCAGAUCGUUUUCACAGGAAGGACAUGUAAAUGAAGUGACAAGCCAUAUACGAGGUUUAUGUUUAAGUGGGCCAAGCAGUGGAGGGGAUAGUGGUGGGGAUCUUUCAACAGUACAAGCAUCAGCUGCUCCUCUUCCUCAGAGUUACAUUGUUCCUAGACAGCACUAUACACAGCCUGUAUACUACAUGCCAGCUGGAAGUGUUGCCAACAUGAGUGGGUCCCUCAAAUAUGUUUACCCUCAGUACCAAAUGGCUCCAGUACAAGCAGCCCCAGCUGGUGUUCAGGCACCACCAGGGGUGCAACCUGCAGGCAUGCAGCAGGUGCAAGGUAUGGCUGCUAUACCUGCAGUGCCAGCUUUGGCAGGGGCUGUUCCUACAGCACCAGUACCACCCACCGCCCACCAUCCCUCCAUGGACCAUAACCCUGUACUUCCUCCAGGUGGAGGCUAUCUUCCAGGAGGCUAUACGGUUGUGACAUAUCCAGCGGGUAGCAGUGUAGGAGGAACCACUAAUGGUCAAGAGACAGGUGGCACUACUUAUUAUUAUCAGUUACCUGCAACAGCUUCAGGUGCAGGUCUUACCGGACCUAUACCAGCUGGUCAGCCACCAACAAGUCUCCAGCAGUACACUCUAACCCCAUCAUCUUCUACCACCACUUUCCCUCAGAUGAGUAGCAGUAUGGGCUACUACACAGCGAGCGGCAUGCCAGGUGGUGGGGUGUACCAGAGCAUGGGGGGCAUACAAGGUAUGUCUGGAGGGUUGUAUGGAACUCCCCAAGGCCCCACGGCAGCAGGUCACACUACUGUCUCCUACAGGGCACCAACACCCCCACAGACACCUAGCACACAGGGCAUGAGUAUGAGCCUAGGGUAUGUGAGUGGCGGCAGUGGGGGGGUUGGGGUAGCCCCAGCUGGGGGUGUAGGAGGGCAAUAUAUGGCAAUGGUCCCGCCCCAGCAGCCCCCAACCCCCACAUCCCACGCCCCUCCCCAGCUCUUCACAACCUUCUUUAGGCCUUCUGUACAGAUGAUGGGUGGGUCAGCAGGAACUCCUCCACCACAACCUGUGUUGCAGUAUGGGGGUGGUGCAGCCCCACCUACAGGCCCUCCAGGGACUGUCACCCCACAUCCUCCUGUGUUUGCUAAGCCUUAUAUGGGGCCAACCAUGCACACCAUCAUGCCAGGACACUUACCAGACCAAUCAGGUAUAGGCAAGGAUGACAAGCGGCUUAUGACCAUGACACAAAACAUGGGUGGUGCUCCUGGUGGCCCCACAGCUCAACUACUGGCUAGACCUUACUCCAUCAUGCAAAGUGAUAUGCGGAUAUUUGGGGGAACAAGCGGGCUUCCCAACACAGGUGGGAUGAGUGGUGGCAGCCUGCCUGGUGGUGGGGCUCCAGGGCACAUACGGGCUGCACCUUUACUUCUUGCAGGGGCGCGCCCGAGACACCCAAAUGCCUUCACGCCCACCCCACUUGCCCCCCUCAGUCUAGCAAGACCACCUAAAGUGCGCAGACAAAGGUCACGAACUUCUUAUGUCCGUAGCACUGAAGUUAUGACACCUCAGCUGUCAGUGGAAGGCCAAGAGUCAAAUGAUUGAAAUUAUUAUCCUGCUAUGCUUUGAAGCAAUCAUCUCAAAUCAAGCUUUUACAGUGGGAAUAAUAUAUAUAUAUAGAUAAAGUAAAGUUAUGUGAUGCUUAUCACAAAGUUUACAUGUAUCUCCUAGAUAGGUGCUGCAGUGAUGGUUGAUGAAAGCCUUACGUAGUGUCCGUUGAGUUCUGUAUGUUUUCAACACCCAAUCUGUUGAAUGUUAUAGGCUGUGUUGAGGAUUAUAAGUGUAGUGGUAGUGCAGUGGAUAAUCCUCAAACACAGCCAUUUAAAAACGCCAUGUUUUAAUAUUGUAAGAAAGUACAGAUAUAUGUAGAACUGCAAGGUGCAAAUAAAUUUAUUUUUUGAGAGUUUCUGACUAACUAGAAUUACUGAAAGAAUGUGAAUACAGUAUAUUUAAUAUGCCAGCAAUGUAAUACCUCAGAGUCGUUACCUAUAUGGUGCAGUAUUAAAAAAGAAACAUGCAGACAUCGGUUUGGAGAGACACU